AUGACUUUCCCAUUAUUACCAUUGGUUGAGUCUUUGAAUGAUAAGGACAUCGAACAGUUCAAGGUUGUUGGAAAAGUAUUAAUUCCAUACACUGAUGAUAAAGUCACCAAGUUUUAUUUAUCGAAAAUUCCACAAGAAACUGAAGUUUUCAUCGAUGCAACUGAGUCAAAAAUCUCAGUAGAUAAAACCGUUGAAUUAUUAAAUGUUGGUGUUAGAACCAUUUUCAUUAACGGUGAACAAGUUGAAGAAUUGAUUGAACAAGCCGGUUUACCAAGCUAUAGAUUUGGUAUCAAAUCCAAAGAUUUCAGUAUAUUCAGUCAAUUAGAUAGUUCUUUCAUAGUUGAGAAAGAAAUCGAUACUGGCAAGAACGAUAACAGAAUUGUAUAUAUUGAAGGUAUUGAAGAUGAACAAGCCGCCAUUGAAGCCAUAAAGUCGGGAUUCACUCCAAUCUUAGCUACCAAGAAAUUAACCAAAUCAAGAUCUGAUACUUCUAAAAUUUCCAUUGGUAAAUUAUUCACAAGUACUUUGACUACUGACAGACCAGAUGGACUUUUUACUACUUUGAUUACUUCACCAGCUCCUAGCUAUACCGCUUUGGGUAUUGUUUAUUCUUCUAAAGCAUCUAUUGAAGAAUCCAUUGCCACUGAUGAAGGAGUUUACCAAUCCCGUAAACGUACUACCGAAUUGUGGUACAAAGGUAAAACCAGUGGUGCUACUCAAAAAUUGGUUCAUUUAUCCAAAGAUUGUGAUAACGAUGUUGUAAAAUUCAUUGUUGAACAAAAACAAGGUACUGGUUUCUGUCACUUAGACAAGAAUUUCACUUGUUUUAAUGAUAAUCAAUUAUAUAGUGGAUCUAUUGCUAAAGGUUUACCUAGAUUGGAUAAUACUUUAGCUCAAAGGAAAGUCAACGCCCCAGAAGGCUCCUACACCAAGAGAUUAUUCAAUGAUGAAAAAUUAUUGAUUGCCAAAUUGAAGGAAGAAUUAGAUGAAUUAAUCGAAGCUGGUCAAUCUAACGAUAAAGAUGAAAUUGCUUGGGAGGCUGCUGAUUUAAUUUAUUUCAUCAUGACUUGGUGUAUCAAGAAUGAUGUUAGAUUAAGUGACAUAGAAAAGAACUUGGACAUCAAAGACUUGAAAGUUACUAGACGUAAAGGUGACGCUAAACCUGCUUAUGCAGAAAAACCAAAGGAAACAACCAAAGAAGAACCUGUUUUAGAUUAUAAAUUAACUACAUUGGAAGUCAAAACUGCCUCCAAAGAAGAUAUUGCCAAAGCUUUAACUAGACCAAAUCAAAAGACUUCUGAUAUUAUGAAAUUAGUAUUACCUAUUGUUGAAAAUGUGCAAAAGAAUGGUGAUAAAGCAUUAAUCGAAUUAACCGAAAAAUUCGAUGGUGUGAAAUUAUCAUCACCAAUCUUAAACGCCCCAUUCCCUCCAGAUUUAAUGGAUAUUUCCGAAGAUAUGAAGGAAGCUAUUGAUUUAUCAAUGUCUAAUAUUGAAAAAUUCCAUGCGGCUCAAUUACCAAAAGAGGAAAUCAUGAGCGUUGAAACAAGUCCUGGUGUUAUCUGUUCCAGAUUUGCCAAACCAAUUGAAAAUGUUGGUUUGUAUGUCCCUGGAGGUACUGCAGUCUUACCAUCAACUGCUAUGAUGUUGGGAGUUCCUGCUAAAGUUGCUGGUUGUAAAAAUAUUAUUAUUGCUUCACCACCUUCAAGAUCAACUGGUAAAUUGACUCCUGAAGUUGUUUACGUAGCUCACAAAUUAGGUGCUCAAUGUAUUGUUAUGGCUGGUGGUGCUCAAGCUGUCACUGCCAUGGCUUAUGGUACUGAAAGUGUUAUCAAAUGUGAUAAAAUCUUAGGUCCUGGUAAUCAAUUCGUCACUGCUGCUAAGAUGCACGUUCAAAAUGAUACUCAAGCUUUAUGUUCAAUUGAUAUGCCAGCUGGUCCUUCUGAAGUUUUGGUUAUCGCUGAUGAUAAAGCUGAUGCUGAUUUUGUUGCUAGUGAUUUAUUAUCUCAAGCUGAACAUGGUAUUGAUUCUCAAGUUAUUUUAAUUGGUGUUGGUUUAUCUGACAAGAAAUUAGCAGAAAUUGAAGAAGCUGUCAUUAGACAAUCCGAAGUAUUACCAAGAAAGGAAAUUGUUGCUAAGUGUUUGGCUCACUCUUACACUUUAUUGGUUGAUACUUAUGAAGAAGCUUUCAAAUUAUCUAAUGAUUAUGCACCAGAACAUUUAAUUUUACAAAUAGAAAAAGCUUCUAGCUUUGUACCACAAUAUGUUGAAAAUGCUGGUUCAGUGUUUGUGGGUAAAUUAUCACCAGAAUCCUGUGGUGAUUAUUCAAGUGGUACUAACCACACUUUACCAACUUAUGGUUAUGCCAGACAAUAUUCUGGUGUUAAUACAGCAACUUUCCAAAAAUUCAUUACCUCUCAAGAAGUUACUGAAGAAGGUUUAAAGAGUAUUGGUAAAGCUGUCAUGACCAUCGCUGCUGUUGAAGGAUUAGAAGCUCAUAGAAAUGCAGUCCAUGUUAGAAUGGAAAAAUUAGGUUUAUUAUAA